UGAUGGAAGAGAACAAGGAGAUGGAAGAAGUGAUUGAAGCGGGGAAGAAACAUCAUGCCAUCAAAACUGAUGAAACAUCCUUGAAUCCCUCGUUGCAAACAAGAGCCCAAAUAUGUUUCACUUGCCCUCAGUGUGGAGAGAGCUUCUCAUGCGAACAAAGUCUUAAUCUUCACAUGAAACUUCACAGUGGAAUGAAGCCGUACGCAUGUGAUCAGUGCGAGAAGACUUUCAGGCAAAAAGCAAACCUUGCCAAACACAGUAAAAUCCACACUGACGAGAAGCCACACGCGUGUGAUCAGUGCGGGAAGAAGUUCAGAAAUAAAGGAAACCUUAAUGAACACAUGAAAAUCCACACGGGAGCGAUGCCGUACACGUGUGAUCAGUGCGGGAGGAAAUUCAGACAUAAAGGAAACCUUAAUAAACACAUAAAAAUGCACGCCGGAGAGAAGCCCUGGAGUAAAACCACUGGAGAAAAACGGCACGCGUGCACUCAGUGUGGAAAGAAGUUCAGACAAAAACACCUCCUUGAUCAACACAUGAGAAUUCCUUCAACUUUAAAACAGAAAAUUCUGUAG